AUGGAAAUAGAAGAGAACGGUAAGCUCCCCUUCUUGGACGUUCUUGUCACAAAGAAGGCGGACAACACAUUGGGCCUCCAGCGGAACGGAUACAAUAAGGAAGAGGUGAACAGGACAAUCAACAAACAAAGGAGUGAGAUAAAAAGAACAGACACACAAGAAUCACAGGAAGAGAAAAAAUGGCUCUCGUUCCUCCCAUACGUAAAAGGAACAACAGAUCGAAUCGGUAAGAUCUUGAACAAACACAACAUCAGGACUAUCUUCAAGCCUCCAAGGAAGAUCGAACAAAUAUUAAGAAAUCCCAAGAAUCAGAGAUCUCCACUUAGUUCGGCAGGAGUGUACAAAAUACCCUGUUCAUGCGGGAAGGUGUAUAUUGGCGAAACCGGAAGAAGAACGGUCAACACACGAAUGAAGGAGCAUGAACGGGACGUCAGGCUGAAACACGUCACACAAUCAGCCCUGGCAAAACACAACUUGGAGACAGGACACCAAAUACUAUUCGACAAAACGACAACCUUAGCCACGACAACAUCGUAUUUCCCGAGGAAACAUAGAGAGGUCCUGGAAAUACAGAAACAUCUAGACAACUUAAACAGAGACUCAGGUUAUACUGGUGCCAUUACAUGCAGCGCGGAAACGCGGAAACGCGGAAACGCGGAAGAGAUAGUAACUAGCCUUUAUUAG